CGUUGUUCACGCCGGGGUGAGGGUGGUGAGCAUCUAGUUAGCGGCCGGAGGUCUUGAUUGCAACACCACCAACACCACCACCCACGACAUCGAGCGGAACUUCUCCAUUCACCAUCACCACCGCCAACUCUACCUCUGCCUCAACAAUACCCCGAAAUCACCGUCAACUCCUACACUCCGAAACCAACCCAAACGGAAGAUGGCACGCGCACUGAGCGAUGCACAGGUCCGUCCGACAUCCCCACACCCGUCCAGCCCCACUCACCACACCUAGCAGCUAACGAUGGGCAUGUAUUACAGGUGGAGGGGGAGCUGAAGAAGAUGGUCGCCUUCAUCAACCAAGAAGCGGUCGAAAAAGCGCGCGAGAUCGAGAUUAAAGCGGACGAAGAGUCGGCGAUCGAGAAGUCGAAGCUCGUACGCCAAGAGACGGCCUCGAUCGACGCCCAGUACGAGCGCAAAUUCAAGCAGGCCGAGCUAUCGCAGCAGAUCGCGCGUUCUACCGUCACCAACAAGACCAGACUGAAGAUCCUCGCCGCGAGACAGCAGCUGCUCGAUGACAUCUUCGAGAAGGCCAGGGUGAAGCUCGCAGAAGUCAGCAAGGAUGAGGAGAAUUACACGACAAUUCUGAAGAAUUUGAUCCUGGAGGGCCUCUAUGCCCUCGGUGAGGACAAGAUUCAGGUCAGGCCGAGGGAGAAGGAUACCGAGCUGCUUAAGAAGGCUAUCCAGCAGGCUACGCAGGAGUACAAGGAGGCGUCGGGUGCGGAUGUGAGCAUCACGGUCGAUGAGGACAACUUCAUGCCCGAAGACUCGCACGGAGGCAUCUUCAUCGUCGGAACGGGCGGAAAGAUUACCAUCAACAACACCUUGGAGGAGCGUCUGAAGAUCAUCCAAGCCGACUGUUUGCCCGUUGUCCGCGGCAGUGUGUUUGGAGAGAACCCCAACAGGAAGUUCUACGAUUAGGUCAUCAUGUUGGUUUAUACCUUAUUUCUCGUGCGCGCGGCUCGUUUUCUUGUUCAUAGGCUUCUAGGGGGGCCAAGCGUGCGUGGUUCGUCUAUUCUUCCAGUCAUUAGUUUGUUAGUUGUUGGUGGCGAUGGAGUUGGCUUCA